UUUGCAAGCCCUGAGGGGAAGAGAAAGAGGUCUAAAAGCUAAGCGCUUAUGAGCGCGCAGAGAGAGAAGCACUGAUUGAGAAAUAAAUAAGGACGUCCGUGUCAUUUGCGCUCAUAGAGGAGUCGGAUCUUACAGAACAUUCCUACUUACAAACGUUUUCGAGCGUGGGACGUACAACUUGCCUUCUUUCAGAAACUUUCUGCCUUGGCUUUCUUGACUCGGUUUAUUUAUUUGUGCUUUUGUGGCUUUAAGCACAAAGUCAUAAGACUGUGCCAGACUAUAUUUACCUAGUAUAUAAACAACCUGCCAAAGUCAACAACUCGGAUUAAAAAGAAGCUCAGGCGACACAUUUGAAGACGUUUUCGCGUUCUGACAGACUUCUAGGUAUGUCUGUAGAAGAUAAUUCAACUCUGGCCAGGUAACCAGGUGUCAUUGUUGCUAUGGCAACACGGAUGCUGCCGUUGUUGCCUGCCUUCCUCACUGUCCUCCUCGUUUCCUGGACAGCGGCCCAGGACGUGGAUUGGCAUUUUGACUCUGCUAAAUGUCGCUACGCUCUGGGGAUGGAGGACGGCACCAUACCCGACUCUGACAUCACCGCAUCCACCGCCUGGUCCGACUCAACCGAGGCCAAACAUGGCAGGUUAAGUACUGGAGAAGGGGACGGGGCAUGGUGCCCAGCUGGUCCGGUGUUCCCUAGUGGCUCCGAGUACCUGCAGGUGGAUCUGCGCAAGCUUCAUUUCCUGUCUCUGGUGGGCACACAGGGUCGCCACGCAGACGGGCUCGGGCGGGAGUUUGCACGCAGUUACCGGCUGCGAUACUCUCGUGAUGGACGACACUGGAUGACGUGGAAGGACCGCUGGGGACAGGAGGUGGUGUCAGGGAAUGAAAACACAUAUGAUGUGGUCCUGAAAGACUUGGGCCCACCCAUCAUAGCACGGAUGGUGCGCUUCUACCCGCUGGCGGACCGUGUGAUGAGCGUGUGUCUAAGAGUUGAACUCUACGGUUGUGUUUGGAAGGACGGACUAAAGGCAUACACUGCUCCUGUUGGUCAUGUGAUGGACCUGUCAGGCACUCCUGUCUAUCUUAAUGACUCCAUCUAUGAUGGCAGUAAAGAGGGAGGGGCGAUGUUCGGAGGGUUGGGCCAGCUGUGUGAUGGUGUUUUAGGUGGGAAUGAUUUCAUGGAGAGUAAAGAACUGAGAGUGUGGCCGGGAUAUGAUUACGUAGGCUGGAAUCGAGAAACCUUGGGGCAGCCCACUGUUGACAUUGAGUUCCACUUCGAGAAAACACGGGUCUUUCACACCAUGCAGGUGCACAGUAAUCACAGACACACUCAGAACGUGCGGGUGUUCAACGAAGUGGUGUGUGAGUUUAAGGCCAGUCUGUUGAGCCCAUGGGCAGAGCCUGCGCUCAGUCUUCAAGUGCCGCUGUCUGACCUGCACGACCCUUCGUCCCGCACCAUCUCACUGCCACUUGGAGGACAACCGGCGCAAAUUCUCCGCUGCCGUUUUGCUUUCAGUGACCGCUGGCUCCUCAUCAGCGAGAUAAGCUUCUUCUCAAUGCCAUUUGAAGAUGGACCUAUCCUUCCUCCUCUGCCUUCCUCCAGCACUCGUCCUCUAAAUGCUACAUCUCCACACACCCCCAGCCCUACAAAUGGAACCAGCAGCCCCACCGACCUCUUCAUGACCAUUACUUCACUGCUGCCCAGCAGCAUACAAACAGAGUUCUCUGCUGUCACUCUGAGGGCGGGCUUACCUGUGGCCAAAGAUGACAGCAGCAACACGGCCAUCCUGAUUGGCUGCCUGGUUGGAAUUAUCCUGCUCCUAUUGGCUGUCAUAGCUGUCAUACUUUGGAGGCAAUACUGGAAGAAGCUACUUGGCAAGGCACAAGGCAGCCUCUCUAGCGACGAGCUGCGGGUUCAUCUUUCCGUUCCAUCGGACAACGUGGUGAUCAAUAACACUAACACCCACACAUACUCCAGUCGCUACCAGCGCAUACACACCUUCCCCGACGACCGGGACCGAGAGGGAGAAUACCAGGAGCCCAGCACCGUACUGCGGCCCCGAGAGCAACGAGACAGCACAGCACUGCUGUUAAACAACCCAGCAUAUCAUCUCCUCCUGUCUGACCAGACACAUGGCCCCAACAGGCUGACAAACUGCCACAGCCAGCAAGAAAAGCCCCAAAACCUGUCCCAGGCAUGUGCUAUUGAUAUGGUUGAUAAAGGCCUACCCAUUCAGGAGGGACCGCCUCCUUAUCCUGGAGCUCCGCCCCCUGGCCUGUCAGGGGCUCAUUAUGGAGAAGCAUCGGGAGGCGGGGGAAGUGUUCCUCAUUAUGCAGAAGCUGACAUCAUCAGUCUGCAAGGUGUCAGUGGUAACAAUACAUAUGCGGUUCCCGCCCUCUCAGCCACGCCCACUGAUUGUCCACCACUGCCUGAGUUGCCACGGGAACGACUUAUAUUCAAAGAAAAACUGGGAGAAGGACAAUUCGGAGAGGUUCAUUUGUGUGAGAUUGAAAAUCCCCAGGACCUUGCAAACCUCGAGUUCCCGUUUAAUGUCAGGAAAGGGCGCCCUCUGCUGGUGGCUGUGAAGAUUUUAAGGCCAGAUGCCUCUAAAAAUGCAAGGAAUGAUUUUCUGAAGGAGGUGAAGAUCUUAUCUCGCCUGAAGGAUCCGAACAUAAUCCGCCUGCUGGGUGUGUGUGUUAGCAGCGACCCAUUGUGUAUGGUCACAGAGUACAUGGAGAGCGGAGACCUCAAUCAGUACCUCUCCCAUAGAGUGUUGCUGGACAAGACCGGACCUUCACAUAAUACACCAACCAUCAGUUACCCAGCUUUGAUCUCCAUGGCGAGUCAGAUCGCUUCAGGAAUGAAGUUCUUGUCGUCUCUGAACUUUGUGCACCGAGACCUGGCCACGCGAAACUGCCUGGUGGGUGGAGAGAGGGUUGAGGGGGAGGAACGCGGCGGAGAGCGGCAGAUUAAGAUAGCUGAUUUUGGCAUGAGCAGGAACCUCUAUGCUGGAGAUUACUACAGGAUACAGGGACGAGCUGUGCUGCCUAUUCGCUGGAUGGCAUGGGAGUGCAUCCUCAUGGGGAAGUUCACUACAGCAAGUGACGUGUGGGCAUUUGGCGUGACUUUGUGGGAGAUGCUGAGUGUGUGUCAGGAGCAGCCGUACAGUCACAUGACCGACGAACAGGUCAUUGACAACGCAGGGGAGUUUUUCCGAGACCAGGGCAGACAGGUGUACCUGUCUCGCCCGGCUGUGUGCCCACAGGGUUUGUACGAGUUGAUGCUUAGCUGCUGGAACAGAGACUGUAAACUACGGCCCUCCUUUGCGUACAUUCACUCCUUUCUCACCGAAGACGCCAUGAACAUGGUUUAGAAAGCAACAGAGAUGAAAAGAGGAAGAUUGUAAGAAAGUAUGUGUGGACCACAGACUGGUGGUGUGUUUUUAAGCAGACACGGCUAAGCACUCUUAUGUAAAUUAGUGUAUUUUUGAUGGGUGGGUUGGGGCGAAUAAAAGCCGCAGGUUCGGUGUCCCAUAAAUGACCCACUUCUCACCCCUAAUCCUGAAAUCCUGAACUCUACAAGCAACAUUUUAUCCCCAAAUAAUUUUAACCCUCACUGUUCCCCCACUAUCAAUACUUGUCAAAUCAGUAUUUAGCUUCUCAGAGCACAGAUCUCCCAAAAUGCACCACAGAAAUUGCCUAAAACGUUAUUCUGCCUCAUAUUUUCUCUGUGAACCUGAAAAUGAAACCUCUUUGUAAAUGUUUCCUGCUGUAAAACUAAAGUAUUUUGUGUUCUGUGAGGUCCAAUGAUGAUGACUAAGCGCUGACGAUGAAAUAGCAUGGAAUUGAUUUUAGGAUAAAAUGUUGCUUGGCAUCUGAACCUGAAAUCCUGGUUCUCUAACCUGUAUCUUCAUUCCCUAAACACUGAAUAGAUCUCGAAACAUUAUCAUAGGAACUGGUGGAGGGUUUCGUAGCUAGAUGACAGGCAGCACAAAAGCACACGGCUCUACAAACUGUCCAUUUAGUCUUAGUUCUCUUGACAGAUAUGCGUACUAAAACAUACUAUAGCAAAAAUACAGAUUGUUUUUUCUACUUGCCUAUUAAGUGAAAAUAGUGAACAUUUCUUAAAUAGUAAAUACAGUCUAACUUUGCUAGCAUUCGUGGUCAUGUAGAGAAUCUAAGAACGUAUCUGCCCGUUUUUCAUGUCUUUUCUGUGGUGGAGGGUAAUUCAUCAUUAAGAUAUGCUCACAGAUACCUAAACAUUCAACGCUGAGUGGAACGUUUUCAUCUCAAUUAUAUGAAAUAGCCUUUUUUGAAUCAAUGUAAUGGCGAAAUCCCAUACAGGGGUAUCGUAACCAUUCUGACACAUUCACAAGUGAUUGGAAAACCAUUGAAAGUGUUGAUAAACGUCAAUAACGCUUUUGGUGUGCAUUCAGAAGGUUCUGUAAUUUUGUACAUCAAUAGCUGUUGUGUGAAGCACAGUUUUAUUACAUGAUAGUCAAAUUGAGUCAAAUUAGAGAAUGAAUAUUUGUGACUCCACCCCUGUCUGUCUGCACAGAAAUGGUCUUUGAAGAUGAAAAUUCUGUUAUUAAUUACUCACCCUCAUGUCGUUCCAAAUCCAUAAGACCUUCAUUCAUCUUCAGUACAUAAAUUAAGAUAUUUUGGAUGAAAUUCGAGAGCUUUCUGACCCGUUCAAGCACCCGAAAGGUCGUAAGAACAUUGUUAAAAUAGUCCAGUGGUUCAAACAGUGUUAUAAAGCUAUAAGAAUACUUUUUGUG